AUGUCUCUGAGACGCAAGGCCUGUAAUGCCUGCUAUAAGGGCCGUCGCAAAUGCAACUUGGCCUAUCCUACUUGCGAUACAUGUCAAAGGACGAAGAAGACCUGCCAAUAUGCCUAUCCGCCGAUUAGCCCGCCUAGAAGCGACAACCAUUCAACAGCGUCCGACAGCUCUAUAGCUCAGCUAGCCAUCCAUGACGACACUUUGGAAUCCUUGCUGAGCAUAAUCAAUGACUCUGAUAUGGGCUUUAUGGAAACUGGCGAUAUCUCCGGCCUGCUCGAGCCAUCCACACCAUUUCCUGAUCCAGGAUUGGCGUCGAACCUGAUGAUCCCAGAGCCUCCGAGCCUACUGGAAACUACAGCGAGGUUCGUGGGCUCGCUUGGAGAGGUUCAGCCUAUUCAAGGCAGCACUCAGUCAUGGCAAUGGGUGAUUGACGAGCUAAAACACGUCCUCCCAGAACUCGCCCAGCAGGGACAAACAAUCUUCAUUCACCGAGAUUUAUACCGCAAAUCUAUGCCCCAGGCUAUCCGGACGUCUUUGGGUGUUUCUUCCAUGUCUUGCAUGCUAUCCGACACGAAUAGGGAGAUGUUAUUCCGCAUCAUAGAUGCUGAGGUUCUCGGGUUGCUGCAGCCGAAGGACCCGACUAGCCUACUCGAUGACCUUGCCAUAUUGCAGGCGUUGAUUAUCUAUCAAACAGUCCGAUUCUUCCACGGCGACAUCACUCAACGAAUGGUGGCCGAGCAACAGCAAGAUAUCUUGAUGACAUCCGCGCUGAAACUGGUUGUCCGUUCACAGUCCGAGCCCCCUAACACCCGGUACAGCUGGAUCAUCGCAGAGUCUAUUCGCAGGACAGCGAUCAUCGUCUAUAUGCUCUACGGUGUUAAUUCAAUCUUCCGAGACGGUGUUUGCAUCGGAUUGCAUACAUUAGCGAAACUGCCACUGUCAACAACCCUCACUGACUGGGACUCCACGAGUGACCAGAGUACUACAGCCUUCGGUAGCAUAAUAACAUACGAGAAUUUCCUUGCCCGUUGGCUUGUUUCUACACCAAGAAGCCUAGACCGGUUUGAGAAGUUACUCCUUGUUCCAUGCCAGGGACUGGAUUCUGUGAACGCGUAUACCAACUCGGCGGUGGCUUUAUAG